UUUAUACACAAUUUGAAAAAUUAGUUAUGAUGUUGUAUGAAAUUAUGUUCGGAAUAAACAACUUAUUUCAAUAAAUAAACUUAAAUGGUUCCAUUUCAUAUUUCAUCUCAAGAUUCUUAAGAUGUACCUAUAUUAUUAUCUGUGUAUAGCAGUUAUAGUGAACAAUAAAAUAAAAUAAACGGAAGCAAGAAUUAAGUCAGUGCAUUUUAACCUUAAUUAACCGAAAAUUCAUUUGACUUUCAAUGUGUAGUGUCUUAUUUAUUCACACAGAAGUGCUUGCGCCGAACGGUUUGAAAUAAUUGAAACGCGUUGAUAGUAAUACCAAAAAAUGAGUUUGAGCAAAACUGAAGUGAACAAGGAUCUUCUAAAAGAGAGAUCAAGAUGUCAGUUUGACAUUCAAGAGCUAACUAAUGUUUUGGAUGGCGGAAAGAGACAAACUUUGAGACGAAAAAAAAUGGAGGACUUUGUACUCAGUGGUGAUGCACAUAAGGACGAAGUUCCCGAUGAAUGUCUGAGCAUAAAGGAACGAUAUGAAAAUGCGGUGAAGAAGUCUUGUUUAUAUGGAUCCAUGCUUAGGCCGAAGUUGCUUAAGAUGAGAGGCCUCGAUAGUUUUGGGACCCCAACGAUCAGAAGAUUGGCUGAUGCAUACUUUAAGGAGAUAUCUCCGUUCCUUCUACACAUGGGAAUGUUUAUACCAACGAUAAUAGGCCAGGGUAGCCCGGAGCAACAGGCAGAGUGGUUACCAAAAGCACUUAGUUUUCAAGUCAUCGGUACAUACGCACAGACAGAAUUGGGACAUGGUACAUUCAUUCGUGGGCUGGAGACGACAGCGACGUACGAUCCGAACUCAGAAGAGUUUGUGCUACACAGCCCCACUCUGUCAUCGUACAAAUGGUGGGCUGGAGGAUUGGGCAAGACUGUGAAUCACUGUAUAGUUGUUGCCCAGCUUUAUACUCAAGGCAAAUGCUAUGGCGUUCACCCAUUUAUCGUACAAAUCAGAGAUCUGGAAACUCACGAGCCACUGCCCGGAAUCAAAGUUGGAGAAAUAGGGCCUAAAAUGGGAUUCAACACAGCUGACAAUGGGUUCCUGAUACUUGACCAUUAUCGAAUACCGCGAGAGAACUUGCUGAUGAAAAAUGCACAAGUUUUGAAGGACGGCACGUACAAGAAAUCAUCCAAGCAUGGUAAACUAGCAUACGGAACCAUGGUGUUCGUACGGGUCACUCUCGUUAGUGAUUCCGCGUUCAAUUUAGCAAAAGCAGCAACGAUAGCUGUCCGAUACUCCGCUAUUAGACGACAAUCUGAAAUAAGACCAGGAGAGCCAGAGCCCCAAGUUCUGGACUAUCCAACACAACAGCACAAAUUGUUCAUCAGCAUAGCAACAGCACAGGCAAUGCAGUUCACCGCGAACUGGCUUUGGGCCACUUUCACUAAAGUCCAGGCUGACAUGAUUAGUGGUAACACGGAUACCCUACCGGAGCUCCACGCUUUGGCCAGUUGUCUCAAAGCCGUUAGUACAUCAGAUGCUGCAGCAUAUAUAGAGGAGUGUCGCUUCGCUUGUGGAGGCCAUGGGUAUAUGCACUCCUCGCGACUGCCUCAUAUUUACUCCUACGUUGUGGCCACACGAACUUAUGAGGGUGACUACACCGUUCUUCUAUUGCAGACGGCUAGAUUCCUUGUCAAAGCAUGGGAGCAAACUGAAUCCGGAAAUGCCACUACACCAACAAUUACUUAUUUGAAUCUAGCAGUUAAUGGAGGAACAAACGGUUGGGACAAUAGUGCUGAGGGAAUCAUUCGAGCGUUCGAAGUUAUAUCUGCCAGGAGAAUUAAAAAUUGCGUCGAGGUGAUCAGACAAAAAGUGAAGUCAGGUGUCGGUUACGAGGAUGCAUGGAUUCAGACAACUAUUCAGCUUACUGCUGCAGCUGAGGCGCACUGUAGAGCAGUUCUGCUCAGAGUCUACUUCCAAGAGUCACGGCGGCUGACGACAGACUCGAGCGACGGAGUGAAGCGAGUCGUGAACCAACUGGUCAUGUUGUAUCUGACGUACUGGUGUCUGCAACGAACUGGCGACUUGUUGUUGUACUCUUCAAUAUCUGAAAAGGACAUAAGUGUACUACAACAGCGUUAUGAAGAUCUACUGACUGCCAUUCGACCAAAUGCUGUUGGUUUGGUGGACGCUUUUGACAUUCGUGACGAGAUCUUACAAUCAACACUGGGUGCUUACGAUGGUAGGGUUUACGAGAGGCUAGUAGAAGAAGCUAUGAAGACACCGCUCAACGCUGAAACGGUUAAUCAGAGCUUUCAUAAAUAUAUUAAGCCAUACAUGCAGGGGAAAUUGUGAUAAUUUCGAUUAUUAUAAACAAUACAAGACUUCUGCCGUGGCUUCGCUUAAAAUAAUAUACUCAUAUGGACCUACUAAAUUAAAUUUCAUUUAAAAUCAUUGGGCAGUUUAGACGUGAAAGAGUAACAGAUAGGCAAAGCUACCUUCACUUUUAUAUUGUUAACUUAAAUAAUAUUAGGGGUUAAAGUAUCAAUCGGAUCGGAUCCACCAUCUCUUACAAUUCAUUGUUAUCCACCUGUGUGGGCGGACUUCCACGUGGUUCGUUCUUCAAAUAAAAUUUUCCAUCACGAAAGCUUUUAAAUCAAAGUCACGCGGUGCGUUCAUUAGCAGUCCCCUCUCCAAACGCAACAUUGAUAUUGCGAGCUGUUUCUGCCGCGUUAGUUCCGCGUCGGAACUCGUAUUCAAAAAUCACACGAAUUUUCGAAGUAUACAACUUUCUUCUCUUAGCUGAAUAAAAACAACUGAAAGCCAAUAAUGUUGCACAUUUUAUAAGAGAAAAAAACAUCGGUACCAUGUGGUAAAUUUUCACUCAAAAAUCUCAAACCAUGAAGGUUCUAUGACAAUUAGAAGUACCUAUUACAAUAAAUCGAAAAUUUGAUACUUUAACCCGUAUUAUAAUAACUAGUAUAAAUAUAUAUUAAUAAUAAUUUGUUUGUGAACCACUUUUUGUAUAUGUUUUAUAUAUCAUUUCAUAUCGGAAAACUAGUUUUAAAAGUACCUAAGUUAUAUAAAUGCAAUGAUUAUUUAAUAAUUAUGUAACUUUUAGAUUUUACAUAGUUCCUGUAAUCCAAGAUGGACAUCCAUAAAUUUUGUAUUAACGGUGUUGUUAUAAAUAAAUAAUGUGGUUGAA